CGAACACUAUGUUUUUGCAACAACCAGCCCACACAUUGAUUCUCUCUAAAAACAAAACAACCAUGACGAUGCAUGUCCUUUGCUUUUUAGUGUUCCUGGCUGCAAUGCAAGGAACAACAGAAGCAAUAGUGGAAUACAGUUUCAGCAACAAUGCCCUCUCAACCCCCGGUGGCGUGCGUUUCCGUGACGAAAUAGGAGAAGAAUACGCGAAGCAAACACUGGACUCAGCCACCCAAUUCAUAUGGGGGAUCUUCCAGCAAAACGCUCCUGCUGAUAGAAAAAACGUGGAGAAGGUGAGCUUAUUCGUGGAUGACACGGACGGGGUUGCGUAUACUUCCAACAAUGAGAUUCAUGUGAGUGGAAGGUACGUUAAUGGGUAUAGUGGGGAUGUGAGAAUAGAAAUCACAGGGGUGUUAUACCAUGAAAUGGUUCAUGUUUGGCAGUGGAAUGGGAAUGGUGAGGGUAACGGUGGAUUGAUUGAAGGAAUUGCAGACUAUGUAAGGCUGAAGGCAAACUAUGCACCUAGCCACUGGAGAAAAGCAGGGGAGGGACAAAAAUGGGACCAGGGUUACGAUGUUACUGCUCGUUUUCUUGACUAUUGUGAGAGCCUGAAAAGUGGGUUUGUGGCAGAACUGAACCAGAAGAUGAGAACUGCUUAUAGUGAUCAAUUCUUUGUUGAUAUAUUGGGGAAGUCAGUCGAUCAGCUUUGGAAUGAGUAUAAGGCUAAGUAUGGGAAUCUACCCUAAUUCAUCGGUUAAGAACUUCCUCCUUCAAAUAUAAGCGACUCUGUCAUUUUCUAUCUUCAGUUGUAACUCAUAUAUUGCAAUCGUAUUCUCAAGAGAAUAAACAUUUACAACAUAUAAAUCAUUAUCAGCUAUUCUAUCCUUAAUUAAAACUUUAAAUGUAUAAG